AAAAAAUGACUUGGACCAGCGCGUCACGUCACGAAAUUUCAUUAGAAAUGACAACGUUUUCUUUUUAUUCAAAUUGAGUUUUUUCCGCAAAAUUUCCAUCGAUUCGUGGAAACAAUGGCGAUUUUGAUCGACAGACAGCUCGGCCCAGAUGAGCGGCUCAAAGCGCUGCUCGACUUCUCAGGCAAUGUGGAAAUCGACCCGAACGUAAGCGGAAAAUUCUACUACAAGUCCGGCCUGAACAUGUACAAGCAGUUCAACAUCUACUACAACGAGGGAAGUUGGGAAAACGCCUUUUGCAUCUACUUGAAGUACGACAAACUGUUCUUCGAUCGCAUCAAGCAACAUCCCGAAUACCGCACGGUUCCGGUGAAAGUGAAAAGCGUCAAUGCCGCUCAUUUUCGCAUAAUUAAACCGAAAGCGGAACACGCCAAACGGGAGAUAUUCAAACAGUACCGAAGGGACUACAUUAGCUACGUGGAGGAAAUGAAGGCGAAUAAGAGGCGACAAAUCCAAGCUGAGCAAAGUAAUCGCAAAACGGCAUCAGUUAAACCUCCAAAAGAAACCACCAUCAAAGUGACACCAAUCGACACGGUUUCUUCGGUACGAGAGACCAUCAAAGCGGAAGAACAACCAGAUAAACCUCUAGACCGGAAUCUGUUCACCGAUAGUACGACCUUUGAAAUCAAGAGCCAAGUGAGCUUUAACACCUCCAGAAAAAUCACCCAGCUUGCCACGCGGAAGAAGAACAUCCUGAUUGAAGAAAAAGAACGAGCGGAGUCUGCGACGAAGAAGAAAUUUGAAGCCCAACCAAUGGAUAAGCUUACGUUUGGAACACCUGAAAAUGAUGUCGAUCAAAUGGGCGAAAAAUUCGCAUUCACAGCCUCGAAAGUGAAAAAUGCUGUUAACAAAACCAAGCCAAGUUACACCAGAGAAUCAAUUCACAGCAUUAUUCCAAGAUACAGCGAUGAAAGCUUUCAAUAAAUAAACAGAAAAAACCACGA